CAUUAUAGCUCGCCGCCUAGUUGCUUGUUGACGACCGUCGCUGUUGUCUUGAGUGGCAACACUAUGCAUCCAAACUCUAUACUCUCAAAGAUAACGCUGCUUCUGAUAACCUUCGUCGACGGCGGUGGUGUACACUGUCAAAGAACGGCUAGCGAGUGCGGCAAGUCCGUCGCCGUCUCUGAGCCCCCAAGAGUCACAAUAAAUGCUGUUCCCGAAGAUGCGGACCACGGCGCCUGGCCCUGGAUGGCAGCACUGCACUUGAAUGCACCGUCGCCCACGCAAAGCCACUUCUGUGACGGCGUCCUUAUUGGGAAAAGUCACGUCCUGACAGCCGCGCACUGCAUUGAUGCCAAGCUUUCCAGCGAAGUUCGAGUACAUCUCGGUUCCCUUUUCACCAACUUGAGGCUGCCAGGAGAGCAAGUCAUCGAGGCAGAGGAGAUAUGCGUCCACAAGCGGUUCCGCAGUGGACAGGAAAUGUAUGACAUUGCUGUGAUCAAGCUAAAAGAACCUGCUAUCUUGAGUCGCACAGUCCAGACCAUAUGCUUGCCUGAAACAUUCGCGGAGUUGCCAGACAACACGCAUCUGUAUGCGGCCGGAUGGGGAAGCGGCAAGGAAUGCGAAAACUGUUCCCUGGCGAAAACGCUACAGCAGAUGACCACAACUUCAAUUGAAAACAGCCGCUGCUUGGAUUACUUCAACAAGACGGCAGACCCGUCCAUAUUGUGCGCCCACGUGAAGGAGGUCCCGUCUAUUUUCGGCGACACGGGUAGCCCAAUUUUGGGCUUCUGCGCACCGACUCACUGGGUUGUGUACGGCGUCGUCUCCGACGGACCACGACGGAACGGUUUCGAGCAUUUGCCGCUCAUAGGCACCAAGGUCUCGCACUACACUCAGACCUUCAUUUACCCUUAUAUGGACGCCGUCACCACCUCACAGGUCCAAAGGAUAUGCGCCUCCCGACGAUGAAGAGCGCGCCCACUUGCCUAAGCGAAGUACCCAAUACCACUAUCCCUCGGUAACAGUGUAAGAAGCGAACUGUAUGUGUCUGCUAACGCAUCAGUGUGGCCAUACAGUGGUUGAAGCAAUUAUUUCAAUAAAACACGCACAUGACGUAGAUGAAAGCUUCAAAAUGCUGUAAUCAUAUCUACCCUGUUUCUGAUAUUAUGCCCCUGGAAUGUUCACUCAACUAGCAGAUGGCUUGUGUAUAAGUCGAAUGUACUGCACUCUCUGUAAUAAAAAUA